CGUGCUUCCCCAACGUGCCUCCCGCUUCUCCGAGGGAGUAAAAUGUUUUGUUUUGUUUUUUAGUUUUCAAUCCCCUCCUCAAUCAACCCCCUCUUCUUCGCCGCCCUUUUUGUCCUUUUUUUUUUUUUUGAAGAGUUGUCUGCAACUAAAGUAUGCGGUGGAAUGCGCCGCGCGAGAGCUUGGCCAUGCGGGAGGAGAGCGCUUUUUGGGUGAGCACUGACAGAUGGAAGAAGUGAAAAAGACAUCGCCCGGAAUGCGUCCCUCCUCGUUGAUGAUUUGGGGAGCUUUACUCUUCAACUUCAGGCUCGUGGACGCCAAGGAGCACGACCCCCGGUCAUCGUCCAACAUGUCUCCGUCCGACUUCCUGGACUCGCUCAUGGGUCGAACGUCAGGCUACGACGCGCGAAUACGACCCAAUUUUAAAGGUGCCCCCGUAAACGUUACAUGCAAUAUUUUUAUCAACAGCUUUGGCUCGGUCACGGAGACAACCAUGGAUUACAGAGUGAAUAUCUUCCUGCGGCAGAAGUGGAAUGACCCCCGGCUGGCGUACAGCAAAUACCCAGACUCCUCCCUGGACCUGGACCCUUCCAUGUUGGACUCCAUUUGGAAACCCGACCUCUUCUUUGCCAACGAGAAGGGCGCCAACUUCCACGACGUUACCACGGACAACAAGCUUCUGAGGAUCUUCAAGAACGGCAACGUCCUGUACAGUAUCAGGUUGACUCUCAUCCUGUCCUGUCCGAUGGAUCUGAAGAACUUCCCUAUGGAUGUCCAGACGUGUACGAUGCAACUGGAGAGUUUCGGCUACACCAUGAACGACCUGAUCUUCGAGUGGCUGGAGAACGGCGCCGUGCAGGUGUCAGACGGUCUGACGCUGCCUCAGUUCAUUAUGAGGGAGGAGAAGGAGCUGGGCUACUGUACCAAGCACUACAACACGGGCAAGUUUACUUGCAUCGAGGUGAAAUUCCAUCUGGAGCGUCAGAUGGGCUACUACCUAAUCCAGAUGUACAUCCCCUCCCUCCUCAUUGUCAUCCUCUCGUGGGUGUCCUUUUGGAUCAACAUGGACGCCGCCCCUGCUCGAGUGGCGCUUGGUAUUACCACCGUGCUCACCAUGACCACUCAAAGCUCCGGCUCGAGAGCUUCGCUUCCAAAAGUCUCCUACGUGAAAGCCAUUGACAUCUGGAUGGCGGUGUGCCUGCUCUUUGUAUUUGCGGCAUUGCUCGAAUAUGCCGGGGUUAAUUUCGUCUCCAGGCAACAGAAAGAGUUCCUCCGCUUGAGGCGAAGACAAAGGAAGAAUCACAAGGAUGAAGACAUGCGUGACGGACGCUUUAAUUUCGCUGGCUACAAUAUGAACCAGUGUCUGCCAAGCAAGGACGGCUCAGCUGUUAAGAAUGCUGCUCCGGCCGCAAACCCUCAGCCGUCUGUCCCCAAAGACACUGACAACAUGAAAAAGAAGUUUGUGGACCGAGCCAAGAGGAUCGAUACCAUCUCUCGAGCUGCCUUCCCUCUGGCCUUCCUCAUCUUCAACGUCUUUUACUGGAUCACCUACAAGAUCAUCAGGCACGAGGACAUCGACAAAAAGUAACGACUCCGCUCUUCUGCUUGUUUCUCAGACUUAAGAUCAUUGAGGAGCGCUGCCAAGAGAUAUUCUUUCAGGGAUAAAAAGUCUCAUGUUUGUGAACCUUACGGGAGUGUUCAGGUUGUACGGCAGCAAAUACUGAAUUAGGGAAAACUGUGGGGGGCUGGGUGGGAGGGGGGGGGACUCAAGGGUUAGUAGCAUUCCGGUUACGGUGGACCAAAUCUUUUUCUAACCCUUCUUUGCCUUGAGGUCUGUCCAACUAAGAUACAAUUUGUAACUGUGCGGUAGCUUCGUUUGAGACUCUGAGACUUUUCCAAGUUGCCACGGGAGGAACUUCUUAUCGAAAGGGAUUUGUUUUAUAUCCUACUACUGUCACAACACUUCCUUUAAAGACAAUAUACUGUAAAGAGAAAGAUGUAUUAUAUGGAAGACGCAAAAGCACAUGCGGCCAUGUUAUAUUACGGAUGUGCGUUUGUAAUAAUUCAAGGAUCUCCCGAUUAAAAGGGGUCUUACCAGGUUAAAAUAUAUACCGUAUUGGUCCGAAUAUAAGACGGCCCUGAUUAUAAGACGACCCCCGCUUUUUGAAGACUCAAGUUUGAAAAAAAGACUUUUUGAACACCAAAUUAAUUUUUAUACAGACAAUAAUGACACUACAUCUGAAACAAAUGAUUAUAACAAUAUAUUUGAGAGAAAAAGCAUCUUGAAGUUUACACCAUAACUUCUCCUUAGCUGCCGGUUAACCUGGCCGAUCUUCGACCCACUUUUCUCCAGAUUGUCGCUACGUUUCUCCAUUUUCUGUUAUCUCUUCUAUUAUUUUCCUCUAUUUUCUUUCUUACUGCUAUUUUUUAUUUUUCUUCUUUGUGCUACCGCUAUUUUAUUUUUUUUUAUUCUUUGUGACAGGGGUUCGCUUUGGCUUGGGGAGUCAAGUUCAGCAUUCGCUUCAAUGAUAUCUGGCGCCAUUUAGCGUCGUGAAUUGGUAUAAUGUCUAGACCCCGAAUAUAAGACAGCCCCCACUUUUUUUCAAUGCAAAAUACACCGUCUUAUAUUCGGACCAAUGCGGUAUAUAUAUUGAAUUCCUUUGGAUUUUAACUUCAGGGGGUAGGCUUUGGCUACAAAAAUAGUUUUUGACAUCAUCAUCAGGAGAACACAAAAAGGAUGGGGAACAACCAACAUUUCUUUGAGAUAUGAUGUGACUUCCUAUUUUACAAUCAACAGACUGGAAAGUAGCACCAACCUUUAGGUACCGCACAACCGCAACCUGUCAAAAGUGGUUGGCUUACUGAUUUCUGACGAUGAAAAAGAAAAAUGGAGAGAGAAGGGUAAAAAGGGAUCUUUACUGCUCGGUGAUCAUGGGAUUUUUGUCCUUUCCCUUUUUUUGCAAGCUUGUGAGUGUUUGGAAAGACAUUAUUUCACAAUACAGGUUGUCAUAAAAGUCACGAUAACACUUGA